AUGCGCUCUUUCACUCCCCUUCUGCUGCUCGCGGGCGUCUCCCUCUUGAUCGCGGCCCCAGCUCUCGCAUCAUCAGGCGACCGCAACCCGACCUAUCAGCACUGCCUGAAGGGCUGCGCUAUCACCUACUGCGACCCGUCCCAGGUGGACACAAAUCCGUGGUACCUCAAAGCGGCAGGCUGGGACUGCUCGGCGAACUGCAAGUACAGCUGUAUGCACAGUUUCACGGAUAACAUAAAACCGGGAAGUAGGUGGCAUCAAUUCUACGGCAAAUGGCCCUUCUACCGCCUCGGACCCUUCCAAGAGCCCCUCUCGCUUAUCUUUUCCCUCGGCAAUUUCUGGGUACACUACAAGGGGCUGCAAGAGGUCAGGCGGCGAGUGCGGCGAGAGAAUAAGAUGCGGCGAUGGUUGGAGGUCAUCGCUGGGGUCCAGAUGAACACUUGGAUAUGGUCGGCGGUGUUCCACGGAAGAGAUACACCUCUUACAGAGAGGCUCGACUACUUCUCCGCAACCCUCACCAUCUCCAUGUCUCUCCUCUACACGGUCCUUCGGGUCCCAUCACUCAUCACCCCUACCUCAACUUCCCGGCUCGGCCUGCCCGUCAUCGCGGGAAUAGCCUUCCUUGCCAUCUCCCACUUCACCUACCUCCUCUCCUUCCCCGCCGGUUACUUCCCUUACGGCUACCACACCGCCUUCAACGUCGUCCUUGCGUCGGUCCACUCGCUCUUCUGGAUCCUCUGGUCCGCGAGCUUCUACGCACCUCUCCCCUCCCUCAAAAUCGGCGGCCGAGUCCUAGCGCUCCAGCCAUACCCACCGCAAGACCCUAUCCGCGUCAAGUCCACCAACGCAUCCACCCCGCUCGCGCUCGUCCUCUUGACCACCCUGGCCAUGUCGCUCGAACUCCUCGACUUUGCCCCCUUCUUCCGGCUCCUCGACGCCCACGCGCUCUGGCACCUGUCCACUAUUCCCCUCGCGGCGGGAUGGUGGCGUUUCCUCAGCUCAGACGCGAUCGACCUGGAGACGGCUCAGCUGAACCCUGGUGGAUCGAUGCCGCUCAGCGGGGGAGCUGGCACAGCUACCAGUCUGGCGGGGUCGGCUACGCCAAAGACGCCCGGUAUGGCGAGUAGCGGGACGUUCCAGGCACUGGCGAGUGGGAACUACCCUAGCAAGGGUGGGGCGGGUGUUUCGCCGAGGGCACGGAGCCCAGGUGGGAAGGGCGAUCUGCAAGAGUAA